GUGUUUAUUUGUGAUAGUAACUGGACGAGACUAGCAUUCUACAAAUUUUAUACACAAAAAAUGAGGAAUUUUCUUCUUUGGAUUUUAUCCAUUUCGUUGUACUAUGAACUGUCGUCGGCAUGGCACAUGCAGUUUUCGCUACGUGAUGUAUUAAAAGGACAAUGCAGGGACGUUUGUCCUAGAAUGUGUAAAAAAGACCCUAAUUCAUUAAGUUCAGAUUACAAGUGUGGAUUUGUUUGCCAAAAUGUCUGCAGUUCAUCAAUCAGAAAACGAAGAUCAAGAAGAUCUACCAGCUCGACAAACCAUAUGCACAUGACACCUUUACCCAGUAAAAUGAAGUUUUUCGACAUUGAUGACGAUGGUGUUGUUAAUCUUUUCGAGUUUGCACGUGCUUUAGGACAUAAUCCUAGAAAACAGCACGUGGUCAGAGCGUUCAAAGCUGCAGAUUUAGAUGAUGACGAGAAAUUGGACUUUUUCGAAUUUAACAAUGAUGUUUGGGUGACAGACCAAGAUGUUGUCGAUGACAAUUAUGAAUUUGAAAUAAAUGAGGACACGUUUGAUUCCGAAUUUGACGAAGACAGUGAUGAGUCAAGCGGAAAAGGAAGUGAUUCCGACGAUACCAGUAGUGAUUCAUCAAAAGAUGAUAGCGACGAUAGUAGUGAUAGCAGUGACGACAGCAAAGACUCUGAUAGCGAUAGCAGUGAUGAUAGCAAAGAUUUUGAUAGCGAUAGCAGUAAAGAUAGCAAAGAUUCUGAUAGAAAGGGUAGACGAAGAGGUAAAAAAGGCUCGAAAAAAGGAAGAAAAAGCGAUAGAGACGGCGAUGGUGUCGAUAGUAUGGAUGUUGAUGGCAUUGAUGGACCUGACGGACUUGAUGGAUUUGACAUGCCUGCCAUUGAUAUGCCUGAGGCAGGGGGUGAAAUGAUGGAAAACUUUGGCGAAAUUGGAGAACAAAUGAGAGAAGGAUUUGAAAACAUUGGUGGUGAUAUGGCUGAUGGUAUGGGGGAUAUUGGAGAUGCAGUUGGCGAUGGAGUUGAUGCCAUGAAAGACGCAGCUGGCGAUGGAGUCGAUACAAUGGGAGACGCAGUUGACGGAAUGAAAGACAUAUUGGAUGAUACAGCUGAUGCUAUGACAGGUGGUGUCAACGAUGCUGUUGACGGAAUGACAGAUGCUAUGGGUGGUGUGGUAGAUGCAGCAGCAGACGGAAUGGACGCAGCAGCAGACGGAAUGGACGCAGCAGCAGACGUAGUUGAUAACAUAGUAGAUGGUGUCGCUUAGUUUUGGGUGUCCAUGUGCAUGAACAACCGGAUGUAAAUGGACGAAGAAAGAAGUUUUUACUACAAAGUCACUUAAAAUCGUUUAUAUUUAAUAUCAUUUUUCCAUUAAAUGAAGAGACGUAUAAUUUCAUACAAAAUUAAUGUUUUUUUUUUGUUUUAAUAGCCAUGGACACCCAUACUACUGUGUACCGAGAAAUACUUUUGUUGUUUUUAUAGUUUUAAUUUUUUAUCAGUCUUAAAGAGUCUGGAAACCUCUGCUAGGUGAACAUUACUGAACACAAAAUGUCUUUCUGUAUAUAAUUACAUGAAAUUUGUAUAUAACUAAAAAUCUAAAAACAAAUUGAAAUAAACAUCAACAAUAA